CCGGUUCUCCUGACCCGCAGACGCUCGCGUCUUCUCGCGAGAGGCGGAAAGGGCGCAGGGUUUGAAACAUGGCGGACGACGUGGACCAACAACAGACUACCAAUACUGUCGAGGAGCCCCUGGAUCUCAUCAGGCUCAGCCUGGAUGAGCGCAUUUACGUGAAGAUGAGAAAUGACCGGGAGCUUCGCGGCAGAUUACACGCUUAUGAUCAACACUUGAACAUGAUCCUGGGCGAUGUGGAAGAAACUGUGACGACUAUAGAAAUCGAUGAAGAGACUUACGAAGAGAUAUAUAAAUCGACCAAGCGGAAUAUUCCGAUGCUCUUCGUCCGGGGAGACGGGGUGGUGCUCGUGGCCCCUCCGCUGAGAGUCGGCUGAAAUCAAGAAUUGAUCCCGCGUAGAAAAUAGGAGGCUUUGUUCAGCUGCCUCUUUAAAAUGCACCAGACCUUCAGAAGCGGAGCCUGUGCACCUGAUGCUAAGAAAUGGCCGAGGAUCCUCCACCCGGAAGGAGUCUGUCUGUAAAUAACUCUCGACUCAGCUCGACGCAUCUUGCAUCCCCAGUCCUUCCCGACGCCCCUCUUUUUCAAGUUAGUUUCCUCCAUUGUUCUUGCAGACAAGUCGUGAUGGUUUUUUUCUUUGAAUUAAAUGUGAUGUUUGCUUUUGGGUUUCUUUUUCCCUGCG